ACCUUGGUGUUUCUUAGCUCGGCCGCACCACCACCUGCUCCAACCUACAGCGCGAAGGAGAACACAGUCUGUUCGCAGCGAUCUGUCCGCGCGCUCGACUCAGGAUUGCACCUAAAAUUCGGAUUUGCAUGACUUGACAAUGGUGCCUGUGCUCCUCGUCCUCUGCCUCCAGGCUUUCUUGAGGCUAACAGGAGCGGACCGAGGAGAAGUUAAUUCAGUAUCAGAUUUAUCAACACAAUGCACCUCGUCACUUAUGCAAGUUACUGUCCACUUUUCGGCGCCUUUCCACGGACUCCUGCACGCUCGCGGCUUCCCCAGCGAGUGUUCCAUUCAGGGCACAGGAAGACGGUCGCUAACCCUGAGCCUGCCCACGGCGUCCUGCGGCGUCAGACUCACGCAGGACCUGCACUUCCAGGUGGCGGUUGACAUCCAGUUUGAUGGAAAAUUGCAACUGGCGCUCGACGAACGGCGCCUCGCGUCUUGCGUCGCGCCACUUGAGGAUAAUGAAAUUGGCGUGGACAUCGUUCCUGGAGGACCGCAGCACCAGGCACUCCGUUCUUCAUCCCGAGAAAUGGAUUUUGAACCAACAAAGGCUUGGAUGGAACUGGAGGCGUCUGGCGGAAAAGGGGUAGCUCUGGUAGGCGAACCUGUUAAACUGAGAGUGCGCACCAAGGGUAGCGACGGCCUCAAAAUGCGGGUCACGGACUGCAUGGCUCAUGAAGGCGCUGGCGAAUCACCUCAAAAGCUCUUGGACGAACUCGGGUGUCCAAUUGAACCUCAAGUUCUUGGUCACUUUAACUACACUAAGCAGGGCGCACUUGCCAUAUUCCCGGCUUUCAAAUUCCCAGACCGAGAGAGUCUUCACAUGCAGUGCGUAUUGAUGCUGUGCCGCGACGCUUGUCCUAUUGGCAGGUGUAAAGACAACACUAUGGCUGCUUACGGAGCAGCGCAUUCACAAGUGGUCAAGAGGGUCAAAAUUUUCAACAGCCUCAGGGUGGCUGCUCCUGGAAUCGAGAUGGAAGCCAACGAAGUUGCUGAUUUCCAGCGACAAGACGAUGUGGAGAUCGAAAAACUGGAGAGAAAUUUCUGUCUCUCGGCGCCGAAAUUGGCCCUGGCCCUAGCUCUAUUGGGCCUUUUACUCGUUCUUGCAGUCGGUGUAGCUCUUUUCUCAGCAACUGCAAGCCGCCGGAAACCAUAUGUUCGCGUCGUUUAUUAAUAGUUGAAAAAAUUACUCAGUGUCAAACUCAACAAAACAUAUGUAAUAAUAAAUCUGUGAUCUCUGGUGUUGGUGGGUUUCUUAGUUAGCCACGGUGAUGGAAUGUAGAGCCUCAUCUUGGAUAACAUCUAUUUUGUAUUUUUCUUUGUAUAUGAUGAAAAGUAUGCGUAGAAAGAUAUGCAAAAUAAAAUCUUAUUUAUUGUACU